UCUGAUAGAUCUGUAAUAUGAGGGGUGAGUCUGAUAGAUCUAUGAUAUGAGGGAUGGAUCUGAUAGAUCUAUGAUAUGAGGAGUGGAUCUGAUAGAUUUGUGAUAUGAGGGGUGGAUCUGAUAGAUCUGUGACAGGGCUCGAAAUUAACAUAUGCCCGUCAGUCUGUGACUGGUUAAAAGUCUGGCGGACUGACUGAUAUUUGUUUUAGUCAGUCUGAUGCGACUGGUUAAUUUCCUAAAGCAUCAUUUUGGAAAAUAUACUUAUGAAAUUUUAUACACACAUUUAGCAUGCUUCGAUCUGUAGAUAUCAGACGAAUCUGAUUCGUAAAUAUAAAUCCCACAUUUAAGUGUUACAAUAUUGUCUGAGGCAUAUUGAGUUAAAUUUCAUUUUAAUAACAUUAACGAAAUAUGUUUAAUUAUUUCUGGAAAACUCUGUUCGACUGGUAAAUUUUUCUGCGGACUGGUUGAAAUUAUACCCCAUCAGUCCUGCUGGACUGGUGACAUAAAAAGUUAGCUUCAAGCCCUGUAUGAUAUGAGGGAUGGAUCUGAUAGAUCUGUGAUAUGAGGAGUGGAUCUGAUAUAUGAGGGGUGGAUCUGAGAUAUGAGGAUUUGGGGGACAUGCACGUUCUUUGUACUUUCUAAUCCACACAUGUAUUACUAUAUUUAUUAAUUGUAUUCCUUAGCAGUGGCCAUUUUAUACCCUCUCACACUGAUUUGAAAUACGACUUUUGUCUGUCCAUUUUCUUUAGUGAUUAGUCUCUUAAUUACACUCAAUUGAUUUUAGGUUUCGGUACAAGGCACCGGUGAUUUUUAUAGUAGAAUAGCAGUAAAAUAACUAUUAUAGUUGAAAUAUGGAUCAUAAAAAAAAAAAUAAAACACAUAUCUAAAAUUAUAGAUCGCCAAUAUCUUUAUGUUGUUGGGGGAAAACACAGGAAGGAAAAUGUUUUUAUGGUCCAGUGAUUGGGUGCGUGUGCACACACUUGGUCAACAAGGCAGUCUUCAGGGAGAACGGAAAGUUUAAGGCAAUAACGUAUCGAAUUUGAUUGUUUUUGACAUUGUCUCUUUGUGGGAAAAAAUAUGAAGGAUGAAUGACACACAUCUGUCACAAUAUUUCAAAGGAAUUGCAUUACAAUUACAUGUUAAACAUUAGUAAUACAUUCCUUAUCACUUUAAUAUACUGGUUUCAAGAUACAUCUGAGUUAUUUCCCUUUGGAGAACUGUCAUACAUAGUAAGGCGUGAAACAAUUUGUUUACAUGCAGGAGUGGGACAAAUUCAUCACUGCAUAAGUGAAUGUAUACUCAGUAAGUUUAUCAUACGCAGUUUCAUCACCUGAUAUUACUUGCAAAUAUGACAUUGUUUUUAUGUGUCCACUUUAGUAAAAUACUUCUUCCAAUACUAUUUUGUGUUUCCUACAUUUACAUAUAAUUAAAGACAUUUGAAAUACAUUUUAUCACCUUCCUCACUGACUGUAGGUCCACUCUGUCCCACUUAGGCAUUUAUUGUUGUUCGUCCUUCGUUGAAGGUGACCAUGACAUGUAGUGUCUAGUUGAAGUGGUGCGGUGUGUCCGGAGGUGGUUGAUAAGACCUAUCUGAGCAAAGAAGUCUCUCCCACAGCUAGGACAGAAGUGGGUAGGCACUGUGCUGUUGGUACUGGUGGCUCUAGCCUUGUGCGCUGUACGGUUCUGCUCAGCUUGAAGGGACCUACGCUCCUCUGCUGUGUUGGCUUCUUUUGUGAUGUGAUGGAGUCAGGAGGGUCUGUCUGAGGUGGUUGACUCCCAGGUCUCGGUGCUGAUGUUGAAGUCUUUUAGUGAAACCUUCAGACUGUCUUUAAAGCGCUUCCUCUGCCCUCCAACUUUGCGCUUGCCUUCAAUGAGUUCACCAUAGAGGAGUUGUUUUAGUAUGCGGUUGUCUGGCAUUCGGGAGACCUGGCUUGCUCAUCUCAGUUGGGUCUUAUGCAUGGUGGUGAUGGUGCUAGGCAAAUUGGCCCGCCUAAGAACCUCCGUGUUGGGGAUUUUGUCCUGCCAGCGGAUGUGAAGGAGGUUUCGAAGGCAUCUGAAGUGGAAGAGAUUUAGCAGCUUUUCAUGUUGUCUGUAUGGUGUUCAGGUCUCAGAGCCAAAGAGGAGGGUGGUGAGGACCUCUACCCGAUAGACUUUCAGCUUCGUCUCAAGUUUGAUUCCUCUCCCAAACAUUCUUCCACAGUCUACCAAAAACGCUGCUUGCCUUUGCAAUUCUGUUGCUGAUUUUAGCAUCAAUGUUGGCCUUGUGGGAGAUGGUGCUGCCGAGGUAGGUGAAAGUCUCAACUGCCUUGAAAGUGUCCAUUCACCAAAAUGUGCAGCUCAUGGUACUGGUUGCCUGGGGCUGGCUAGAACAUCACCUCGGUCUUCUUGGUGCUUAUGGUGAGACCGAAGUUGUCGCAGGCUGUGAAGAAGCUGUCCAAUUUCGCUUAUAUCUCUUGCUCAUCACUGGCAUUGAGGGUGCAGUCCUCAGCGAAAAGAAAGUCUCUGAGAACAGUCUCCUUCACUUCCAUGACGGCCUGUAGAUGCCUGAGGUUAAACAGCUUUCCAUCUGUCUUGAACCUGAUGUUGAUGCCAGGAUCAGUGUCUUUGAAGGCGUCGGACAGCAUUGCUGAAAACAUCAGGCUGAACGGUGUUGGGGCCAAGACACAACCCUGUAUUACCCCAUUUGACACUGGGAAGGCUUCGGAGGGUUCACCAUCAUUCAGGACUUGGGCCAUCAUGGAAUUGACCGGACAAUAGCAAUGAAUGUACUUGGGCAGCCAAACUUUUCCAUGAUUUUCUAGAGUCUGUCUUGGCUGACUGUAUCGAAGGCUUUGAUCAAGUCUAUGAAAGUCGGGUAUAGGUUAGUGUUCCAUGCACUUUUCUUGGAGUUGACGGGCGGCAAAUAUCAUAUCCGUUGUUUCUCGACUUGCACGGAAGCCGCACUGACUUUCAGGGAGAAAUCCCUGCUCAAGGUGUUUCAGCAAGCAGUUGAGGAGGACGCAGGCAAUUAGGCUCAUCUGCUAUCGACAGGAGGGAUAUUCCUCGGUGGUUGUCGCAUGACUGAUGAUUCCCUUGGUGCUUGUAGAUGUGGACAGUCAUGGCGUUUCUGAACUCAUGGGGUAAAUGCUCUUGGUUCCACAUGACCUCAUACAGACUUGUCAGUAGAUUGCAGAUGGGUUUGCCACCUGUCUUGUAAACCUCAGCAGGGAUGGCGUCAGGGUCAGGAGCUGUCAGGGUCAGGAGCUUUCCCGCUGGUCAUGUGCUUAGUAGCUUUGCUGACUUCUUCGUUAGAGGGAGGGGUGUCGAGCUCUUGGUUGAUUAUCACUUGUGGGAGGCGUGGGAUUGUUUCAUCAUUGAUGGCUGCAGGGCGAUUGAGCAUGUUGUCGAAGUGUUCGACCAAUCUCUCAAGGAUUUGCUUCUUGUCUGUUAGUAGGGUUGUACCAUCUGUGCUGAGUAGGGGGAGGAUCCAGAGGAUUGUGGUCCAUAGACUGCUUUCAAGGCAUCAUAGAACUUCUUCAAGUCAUGUGGGUUGGCGUAGCCUUGGAUUUCUUCGGCCUUAGUACCGCACGAGCCAGGAAUUCUGCAUGGAGCAAAGCUUUGACUGGACUUCAUUGCGUUUGCCGGUUAAGGCAGCUCUUUGAAUCGUUUGUGGUAUCGUUCAAAGUUCAUUCAAAGGCAUUCAAAGUUCCAUUAAAUGCACCUCCUAAACAGAAGAGCUCUUAUCUUGAAACUGGUGUAUUAUUCUGGUUAACUCAGUGGCUGAGAAUGCCUUUCUGUAGAUUAUGAGUUUGAGUCCUGUAUAGGGGAGUCAUACUAUUCUGAUAUGGCACAGUGCUUUUGUCUAUCUCAUAUCUGUCCAUCUGUCAGCACAUGCGGCCCAGAUAAAAAAAGCACUUAUACAUACUUACCCAAAUCUUACUUACUAAGGCUGUAUAAGGCUAGAAUCACCAAACUUAGUACACAUUUCUCUAUGACUAGAGGAAGGAGUCUGUUGUUUUUAAAGGUCAAGGUCAUACUCACGUUGGGUAAAUUUAACACAAAAUAACAUACCAUGGAAACAGUAUUAUUAAGUCUAGGGUAAGUUAUUCACAAAAUCUUAUAGAGAAAGGUUUAUUUGGAUGUUAAUCCUUUCUUUGGCUUUAAUGUUGCACUAGUGACUACUGGUAACAUUAAUAAACUGCUAUAUUCAUGAGAUGAUUCUGUUUUAUUAUUGCUUAUGGAAUUCGUGAAAAUAUUUCCCAGCAUUAUAAAUUACUGUACGUAUACAGUGGAGCCUCGUUAAUCCGGACACUUUGGUUCCCAGCAAAAUCGUCCGGAUAAAUGAAGCGUCCGGAUAAUUGAAUCGCAUAUUUUCUAGCUUUGCAUAAGUAGCCAAUAUAUGCCUACAAUAUUGAUGCAUAGUGAAUUAAACACAUUCUAUCAUUGGAUUUAACCAUUUGUAUUAGUAAAUAAAUUAUUAUAAUGUUAACAUUUACAUGUAUUUCAAAGCACUAAAAUUUAGUGUACGUGUUCAGUGCAUUUGCCUGUGCUUACAUUGUACAUACAUAUGAUCCCUACAAAAAGAUAUACAAAACUGUGUACCGUAUGCACUAAAACAAAUAAUGAAGCACUUUAUGUAACUAUAAGUAAUUAAAUCAUUAGCAACUAACAUAAUCAUUUACACUUCAAAUAUUUCAUCACACUUUUACUUCUUAAAGAGGCUGGUAAUUUCCAUCUGUCACAAUUCAUGGGUUCGGCGGUCUGUUAAAACAAUCUUCAUCGUCCAAAGUUGAUAUAAGAAUUUCGUGAUUAUCAUGUCAGUUGACAACAUUCUUUAACCAAAAUUCAAUCUGCCAGACUUUAUAUUUCUUAUUCUAUAAUUAUCCAAGACAAUAUCAGGAGAACAAAAUCAUUUAAGCUCGUAAUAUUAAGACCUACUACUGCUUUGAUCUAGUCACGCGUACUUAUUAUUUUCAUGAUGCGAUAAUAACGGAACAAAACUCGGGUGAAAUUAACAUUACAGGUACAUACAGAAUUUAAUUGUCAUUUUCCUUAAAAUGGUAAUUUUCUCACUUCUACGCAGAGUUUAAAAAUUCGAAAGCAAUAAAGCUCUACAACAUCGUGACAAGAAUCAAUCGUACACAGGUACAUUCUACAUGCGCGACAUUCUAAACGUUAAAGACUUAUACUAUAUAUAUAUAUAUAUAUGUGCAUGAACUUACAUGUAUAUUUCACGCCAAUCAACAGAAUAAAAUCCAGAAUCUAGAAGUAUGAUCUACACUCUUUGGAUUUGAAUAAGCCGAUAUCAAUUUACGAAUCAGUACAACUGAUACGUGUAGCAGUUAAAAAAAUUAUUAUUACGGCAUGAUGUUUAAUUUAUUAAUACGAUUAGGGUAUUGAUCAUGACUAUAAAAUAAUAUGCUACAGAUUUAUUUACAAAAUUCAACACUACACGCCAUAAAGAUCUUAUGUGCGAAAAUUGGCAAUACAAUGUCUCAAUCGGCACAUGCUAUCUAACGGACUUAUCAUCACACACCACCUAAUUGGAGGGAGGUGUUGACAGGGUACAGGUAAUCGCUUCAAUUAGACAGUUUGGCUUGUUUUCUUUAUAAUUUACACCUUGCUAAAAUUGUCCGACACAGACCUUCCCUAAACAAAAUUACCGUCCGGAUUAACGGUACAAUUUUCAAUGCAUUAUAACGUUUUGUAGUAAAAAGUGACCGUCCGGAUCCGGAACAUGAAUUUCCGGAUUAAUGAUGCAAAAUAAUGUAUAAAAAUUCCGUUCUCUAGAAAAAUAGUCCGGAAGGUGAAGCGUCCGGAUUAAUGGCGUCCGGAUUACCGAGGCUCCACUGUAAGCUUAAAAUUAUUUAUAAAUGUAUCAAAACCAUUUAGGGAUUGAUAUUCUGUACAGAUUUUGUAUCACUUUUUGUGUACAGAUUUUUACUCAAAAUCAUGCGCUUUUAAAGCCACUGUACAGAUUUGUGGUUGAAAGAUUACCGAUACCACAUGUAUGUAAAUGUCUUACGUAGCAGGAGAAUGUUUAACAAGAGUCCACUGACCAUACUCUGUGUAAAUGACUUUGUUACCUGUAAUUUUUAUAUGCUCUAGGACUGUAUGGAAACACCUGUUGCAUACCUUAACUUUGCCAUCAAAGCAGAUUGAUUUUAAUUCUACUUUAUGCAGCAAGUAUCAACAUUUGAGAAACAAUCAAUACAAACAAUAUCUGCCACAUCUACAGAAAACAAAGCCUGAUUUUGUUAUUAUGUAGUCAUAGAUCAAUAUAUUUAUCUAUAACAAAGCCUGAUUUUAUAUUAUAUAGUCACAGAUUGAAUAUAUUUAUAUAUAAAAAAGCCUGAUUUUAUAUUAUAUAGUCACAGAUUGAAUAUAUUUAUCUAAAACAAAAGCCUGAUUUUAUUAUUUGUAAAUCUAUAGAUUUAUAUAGAAUACAUUAGUGCUUCUGAAACAAGCAUGGGCACAUUUUUAUGAUUGACCCCCCACCCCCCCAUGAACAAUUUAGACAUUUAUUCAUUUUAUAAUAAGUUGGAAGAUCUUUUAUCAAAAAAUGGAACAGUGAAUUUUUUUUUUGUGGUUUGGAGAAAACAUUGAUAAAUGUGAAUAUUGCUGACUGGUCAGAAUAGUAUGUAUUUGUACACCCCUUCCUGAUUUUUUUUUUUUGGGCAUGCAUUUAUAGAUAGAUAUCUUAACUACAAAACCUUACCUCUGUGCAAUUUUCUAGAUGAGAAUCUGCAUUUUCAUGCAGAUAGAUGGUAUUCAGUACCGGAUCUCUGCUUUUUAUGGAUAAAACAUUCAGUGCAUUUGAUAUCUCUAUGUCAGUACUUACAGAGUUUGAUAUCAUGGUACCUACUAUUACAGUUUAUUGUACGUUUCUACACAAUGGUUACACAGUCAUUAAUCAUUGAAUUAAUAAAUACAUAUGAAGCAGUACCUCCUCAGUAUCUUCAUAAUUGCAGGGAAAUAGAUAUGUAGUGACAUUUGCUGUCGAAUGUGAAGAUCAAGAAUAUUAACAAACUUUGCUCAGCCUAUAAAACAGCAAACUUUGCAACCAGAAAAUGAAAGGUUCAGUCGUUGAGGAAGCAUGAAUUAUCAGCAAUAAAUUGAGCUGAUAGAAUUCACAUCAAAUGCACUCUAUUUGUUCAUAUGGGAGUCUAGAAUGGUUGAAACAUUGUAAAUCGAAUCCUAGAACCUGUAGCAGUGUUCACAGAGUCCAUUUAUAAGAUAAUAUUUCUUGGAGGGACUCUGAAGUAAAAACCACAGGCCCUGUAGAUAUUAAUCAUUUUAAAUUAUCCUUUUACAGAAUUAUAAUGAUUUUUUUCUUUGUUGGAUUUUGAACAGUACUUCCCUAUGCUGCAAUAUCAGAGAUAAGUAUGAUGGUUUUAUCAUGCGAUAUAAUAAGAAGUAAUUUCCUGAUUCUGACAGAGAUGUUAAAUUGUUUUUAUAUGGAGCAAACACUGACUAGCAGCUUAUUAGCCACAAUUUUCUGUACUGUUAGUUUACAUUUGAAGUACGAGUGCACUUUUGAGGGAACCAGUCCACACUCGAUUAGUUUGUCAUCUGGUUUGUGGUGCUCUCAUUUGCAUGUAACGAAGCUCUGAUACUGAGAGGCAGUCAAUAUUUUAAGAUCCCAAUGUCAGAUAAAUCAAGGAAAAUUAAUUUUUUUCCCUUUCACUCUAUCAGGAAAAUCCAUGCAUUAAAAAUAUGUAAUGAAUCUAUAGGAAAUCUAUGCUGGCAAUCAAUUCAUAUAGUGAUGAAGCACAUUUAACUAGCCACAGGGGAGAGGUGUUGCAAGUUCAGUAUUAGUGUAUUGGACAUAUUAAGCCUGUCCUCUCGCAACAGAAGUAGUAGCAACAGAAGUAGUAGCACGUGUGAUGUCAAGCUAAUUAGCUAUAGAAAUGCCCGGCACAGGCAGUGAUAUGUUACCUGGGACUGGUCCGAUUGAUUCCAAGUGUUACUACAGCUUGGUCACAGCCUGGACUAUAUCAGACAACGUAUAGGAUUGUUUUUGGUCUCUGAGGACAGUUUUUCAUUUCCUACUCUGCUGUAAGAUAAUGAUAAAAUUUUGAGAUAGGGAGACAGACUUCCGGAUUGACACUUGUUUCAGUGUAAAUUACAACUGUUAACAAUCUUUUAAGUGACUCUGUGUGUGAAUUAGUAAGGAAAUGCUGGAGGGAAGAGGGACCAUGACUUACUGAGUUUUGUAAGAGCGAGGGGGGUAUGUAUUCUGGACAGCCAGGGUACAGCGGAGUGGACCCGUAUGCCAUCAAUCGAGGUCAUGUGUACCAAACUGGUGUCCCCUGGAACUCGAUGGGAUAUUACACCUAUGCCAACAAGGACAAACCCAAGGGACCAGGAGGUAUGGGUAUGGCCCAGGGGAUGCCCCCAGGGGCUGCUGGGAUGUCACAACCCAUGCCUGACCCCAUUGGGGCCCUACAAAACCUAACUGCUCAGGGCAUAGGGCCAGUAGGACAACAGGGGAUGAUGAAUCAACAACAGGUUCACCUUCAGCAGCAACGCCUGCUCCUGCACCAACAGCAACAGCAACAGCGACAAAUGCAGAUGCAACGUCCUCAAUUAGAGAGACAGGAUGCGUUUUUGGUGACGUCUGCUCAGCAUGUCCAGUCGAUGGCUCAGCCUCUUCCUGCCAACUCACAGGUAGGCAUGACUUAUCAGCAAGCGAUGCCAGGUGGUGGGAUGCAGCAACCAGGAAUGCAACAAGGAGGAAUGCAGCAAGGAGGAAUGCAGCAAGGAGGAGGGAUGCAGCAACCUGGUAUGCAACAAGGAGGAAUGCAACAAGGAGGGAUGCAGCAACCUGGCAUGCAACAAACAGACAUGCGGCAACCAGGAAUGCAAAUGACUUCCAUGGGAAUGCAACAUGGAAUGCAACAACAAAGAGCCCAAGCAACAACAAUGGGAGGAAUAAGUCAAGCAUCACUCAGUCAAGCCUCACAGCUACCUUACACACAACAGGUGCAGCCUGGGUCUGUUUUAAGUUCACAACAAGCAGUUCACUCUCCCAAACCACCACAGUCUAUUAGCAGCAUGAUGAUGUCCCCCUCCCCGCAAGGAAUGGUCAACAACCCCCGGGUCCCCUCUCCCCGGGUCCUCAACACACCAGGUGGUCCAAAUUCUCCCAGUCCCAACACCCCAAGGUCACACGAGGAACAAGCAUACCUUGAUAAACUGAGACAGUUACAGAAGUAUAUUGAACCACUCAAAAGAAUGAUCAACCGCUUGACCACAGGCAAAGAUGAAGAAAGCAAGAAAGACAUCAGCAAGAUGGAGAAUCUUUUGAAGAUUUUAACAGACCCUUCCAGAAGGUUACCCAUGGCAACUUUACUCAAAUGUGAACAGGUUUUAGACAGCUUGGAAAUGUCUUCAUCAAAAACUAGUGGUAUUGGAUCUGUGCCCUCUGCCACUCCCACAAUAACCACGACCCCCAUGCACAUGUGUCAGCCUCUCCUAGACGCUGUAGCCACUAACAUGAAGUCGCCAAUGUUUAACCACGCCUUGCAGCAGACGUUUGGUCCAGCUAUGACUGCUCUCUUUGGAGCACCAAUCAGGGCCCCAAGUCCACCGCCCAAGAAGAGAAAGAGAGAAGAGGAAGAAGAAGAGAUCCCUCACAUUCUGCAGGGAGAGAUUGCUUGUCUGGGCGGACGAUUCCGAGUCAACCUGGACCCAACUCAGCACUCCCACUCCAAAGAUAUCCAUCUUGUUUGUAAAAUAGAUGACAAGAACCUACCCUGUGUCCCUCCCAUAUCUGUGAAGGUCCCCGAACUGUAUCCUGAUGUUAGUCCACAAUGUGAUUCAAUGGCCCAAGAGUAUGAAUCAAGUCCCUUCCUGUCUUCCAUACAAGAAUCGUUGUCUCGCUUGCUUCUACAUAUGCCGAGUAAAUUCACAUUUACAGAGCUCAUGGACAAAUGGGAGAUGAGUAUAAGAAGAGCCUGUGCAGCUCCCUCCUAGUGGUGAAGACAAAGUGAUCUACAGGUGUGGCUGGAAUACUUAUUAGGACGAUGGAAUACUUAUAGGACAAUGUGAAAAUUAUGAAUGAUGUGGACAAUGUGAAAAUUAUGAAUGAUGAGGACGAUGUGAAAAUAAUGUAUGAUAAGGACGAUGAAGAUGUGAAAAUUAUGCAUGACUGUGAAUGAAUAAAGUUGUCAAUAAC